GUCUGAAUACGACGGCGAUGGCUGAUGGCGCCUAGAUAGGGAUGCGUGAGUACGACGGCUAUCGGCCUUAUCGACGGAUGACGUAAACUCUUGGAGUUCGGCGCUAACGGAAUGCCGUCGUAUUGCCUCUUGAGACUGCGGGGAAAAUGUCAGUGAGAUCAGACCCACCCCGACCUGGACUUACUCCGUAUGGAAGGAAGCGUGGGAAUUAGCCCCUGCCGUGGAAAGCCGUCGAAUCGGAUGCCGUCGUAUAAUGGUAAGCUUUGAACGAGGAGAAGCUAAACAUCAUUCUACCAGGAGCGACCACUUCGAAAACAAAGGAGAAUGGUCUCGUGAAGUAGCGUAGAGAUAACGAUGCACCAUCGAGAGGUCACUUGCAGCUUCGGCGUCGUAGUUACAUAUAUCACGCCUCUUCUUCCCUCAGAGCAACCUGAUUCAUAGCAUCCCCUAGACAGGUCGUCAUCAACCAUACUCCAUCUUUCCACCCGACCUCUAGUUUCCUCAUGGCUAAUAUGGUCCGCUCUGUGUCCAGCACCAAAGAUGCAGAAAUGACUCUUCACAUUGAAACCGAUAAGGGUGAUGUUUCUCUUCGGAUCCUCGAAGGCCAAACAAUACCUCUGACAGAGGGUUUAACACCGGAGGAGGAUCGUCGCAUCCUUCGCAGGAUUGACAUAUGCAUUCUUCCUGCACUAUUCGUUACCUUUCUCCUGCAAUUCGUCGAUAAGUCAGCCAUGGGAUACACUGCUGUCCUCGGCCUGCGGACCGACCUACACCUAGUUGGCCAAGACUACUCCUGGGCCUCCAGUUUAUUCUACUUUGGCUAUCUUACGGCCUCUGGCUUGGUAGCGAUCUUGCUUGUUCGUCUACCUGUUGGUCACUUUAUGACCAUUGCAAUUGCGAUUUGGGCGGCAAUUCUUAUGCUUACGUCACUGUGCACCAACGCGUCUGGACUCUGGGCUGGCCGUUUCUGCCUUGGAUUUGUUGAAGCAGCCAUCGCUCCUGGUAUGACCAUGAUUAUCUCAAUGUGGUACAAGCGUUCUGAGCAGGCUCUACGACAAAGUGUAUGGUUUAUGGGUAACGUUACAGGAGGACUUUGCGGUGGACUCCUUGGAUAUGGCAUUGGACACAUCAAUAGUAUCGCACCCUGGAAGGCUCUUUUCUUAAUCUUUGGUGGCUUAACAUUGUUUUGGUCCAUCUUCUGUUGGUUUCUCAUUCCGAAUAGUCCUGUGGGCGCCUGGUUCCUCGAGGAACAAGAUCAGUAUAAAGCGAUCGAACGAGUCAAGGACAACUUGACUGGCAUAAAAAACAAUCAUGUUAAGUUUGACCAAGUGCUUGAAGCAUUUAAGGAUCCCAAGGUCUGGCUGCUCGCCGCCAUCCAGUUGACUCAGAACGUUCCCAACGGAGCACUGGGGUCGUUCUCGUCUAUCGUGAUUAACGGAUUCGGGUUUUCGACUCUUGAUACUCUGCUGCUUCAAAUGAUUGGUUUUGGGUUUCAGGGAUUAUUCUGCAUCAUCUCAGCAAUUGGGUGCACAUACCUUCCCAAUACCCGUACCUAUUUCAUGGCAUUUAAUACCGUCAUGUCUCUCAUCGGUACCAUCAUGAUUCGCCAGAUCGAUCACAAUCAUAUUUGGGGUCGAUUUAUGGGUUAUUGUCUAACAAUUGUCUUCUCGGCCAAUUUUCCAUUAAUCUUAGCCACGAUUACCUCGAAUAUUGCCGGUUUCUCAAAGAAAGUCACUGCUACUGCUAUUGUGUUUAUUGCAUACUGCACCGGGAACAUCAUCGGCCCUCAAAUCAUGUUCUCUCGAGAAGCACCAAGCUAUCCUUCUGGAUUUGCGGGGAUUUUGGUCUGCUUUUCAUGUUCCAUCAUUCUCAUUUUCGUGUUUCGCUUCUACCUCAUGUGGGAAAACAAGAAGCGCGAUGCCGCCGUGAGCGAGCCGUCCCAAAGCAUUCAGAUUGAUGGGGAACGCAUAUCCACCAGCGCCCUCAAUCUGCUCGACAAGACAGACCGCGACCUUCCUCAGUUUCGCUACGUAUAUUAAAGGUUCUAGGACUUUAUUUUUCUUCUUUCUUGCGUUGGGGAAUGGUUAGGCCAUGUGGCCUGACUUCGGUGGCUCACAUGUGUUGCAAUAUUACCCGAGCGUCGGGGAUGACCACCAAAAUCCCAACAUUUAUGAUCAGAAUACACGCCUCAAAAUGAUUUUAUGAACUUGGUCAAAGUAAUGAUGCCUUAAUUCAUCUCGUUAUCUUUUU